CAGAUCAAACUCCACGCCCCAACCCGACCCGGUUUGAAACUGCGUUCCCCUCUCCCGUUGAUGGUGCUGCUUGUUCUCUUGGAGUCCAAGUUACACCCCUUUCAGGUACUUGUUCCAGAAGCAGCUGAAUAAUUGCCCAUGCUUCUCCAACUGGAAUUUUUUAUUUGAUAGCUUGUAUUAAUUUUAAAUUGUCUGAUUCAAUAACAGUUUUUCCCAUGUAUAAAUUGUUUGCAAUGAUUAGAGUUUGUUUAAUGGCUAGAGCUUCUGCUACCGUGCUAGACUAUAUAUAAUAGUUCAAACUCGAUGAGUUUCUGCUGUCAAAUAUAUACAUAAGAAAUCCAAUGGAUUUACAGCACUUCAAGUCACUGUUGCCAUCAACUUUAUUUCCAAUCAAGCUCUCUAUGCUCAUUUAAGUGGCACCUUGUUUUCUUCUUCUGGUAAUUGACCACCAAGUGUUUGACGAAAUGUCAAAAAGAAUUUGCAAGCCAUAGAGACAAAAAAUGGGAAUCCAUAUUAUGAAGAUUUUGAUCAAACACAAACACUCAUUUGGUUUCUCAAUCUCCAUUCGAUCGAAAACUACGUCGGCUAAGUAUGUCGCCUCGAGAGUUCGAGACCCUACAUUUGAGAAGCUCAUGGACAAGUACAAGAGCCUCUUCAAAGUCAUUGCCAUUCAAGAUCUCAUCCUCACAAAUCCCAGGAAUCCGUCCGUGUCCAUUGACUUUCUCUCCAGGCUCUCCCAGAAACUCCAUCUCAACCGCGGUGCCACUUCCUUCCUCCGCAAGUUUCCUCACAUCUUCCAAAUUUAUUAUGACCCCUCCAAAUUGCUGCCUUUUUGCAGGCUCACAGAUGCUGCUCUUGAUGUUUCCAAGCAGGAAGAGAAUGCCAUUAAUGCUUCUUUGCCAAUGGUGGCUGAUCGAUUGGUCCGGAUAUUGUCCAUGUCUGCGUCCAAAACAGUUCCCCUUCGAGCAAUUUUCAAGGUCUGGAGGGAGCUUGGGCUGCCUGAUAAUUUCGAGGACUCAGUUAUAUCUGCAAAUCCUAGUGUUUUCCAGCUGUGUGAUGCCCAUGAACCUAACACUCAUUUGUUGAAGCUGGUUGAAGGUGUUCGUCGAAAUGGUUUUAGAGCAGCCAUUGAAGAUUGGAGGGUUGUUGAGUGCUGCAAGGAGGAUUGCAAUGUCAGGACAGAAUUGCAGUUCAGUUUUAAGCAUGGGUAUCCUCCAGGGAUGAAACUUGGCAAGAACUUCAAGGCCAAGGUGAAAGAAUGGCAGAGUUCACCGUACGUUGGGCCCUAUGAGGUGGUUGUUGGGGAGAAAAAGAAGUCUAAGGCAGCAUUGAUGGCCAUGGAGAAACGAGCAGUGUCGAUUGUUCACGAGUUCCUGAGUUUAACCGUGGAGAAGAUGGUAGAAGUUGAAAAGAUCAGCCAAUUCAGAAAAUGGUUUGGGAUUGACUUCAACAUAAGAGACCUGUUCUUGGAUCAUCCAGGGAUCUUCUAUCUAUCAACAAAGGGGAAACGCCACACUGUUUUCUUGAGGGAAGCAUAUGAACGAGGUUGUUUGAUUGAACCAAAUCCUGUAUAUGAUGCAAGGAGAAGGCUUCUUGAUCUUGUUGCUAUGGGACGUCGUUGUCGUUCUGCUAUUAAUUCAAAUUUGCAGGAUGGAAGCAGCAGCAGCGACAAUGAUGGCAUUGAAGCAGAAGAAACCCAACAAAGGCAUGGCUCAUUAUCUUCUUGAGUGAUCAAGGUUUCGCUGUAAUUUUCACUUUUUGGUGACCUUGUUUUGUUUUCAAGAUGAUGGCUCCUGGAAUUUACUUAUGUGGGUAAGGCAUGGAAGUAUAUGUAUAUGUGUCCCUGUGUUGAGCGACAAACAUGAGUAGGUGUUGCUAAUUAAAGAGAUUGGAACACUGCUGCAGUUGUUUAAGAAUUAGUUAUCAAUGGCCAUAGGUUGCUCAAAAGCAUUUCAAAUGUGUUUGCAAUGAAUAUAGUAUUGCCUUUGUCGGCUUCUGUAGCAUUAUUCAAGAAAUUUGGUGGCUUAGAAAGUGCAUAUUUAACGGUAAGAAACUAAACAUAUUGUGAUUUGUGAAUCUUGUAUGUAGCACUUUUUUGUCUCUAAUGGUUUGGCGCAUUUGUUGUA